AUGGCCAACACCUCUGGCAAAAUGGUCCACUCUGGUGCCAGUCUCGCGAACGGUCCAGUGGGAAGUAUGGACAUCGACAAGCCUACGACUAACGGCAAUGGCAACAAGCGGAAAACCUCACUCGCGAACCGCAAAAGCUACAAAGACCCCUCCGACUCGGACUCCGAUGUACCAAUCUCCAAGAAACGCAAAACGAGCAAGGCAAUCGCGGACGAUUCGGACGACGAACCACUAGCAAAGGUGACGAAGCAACCGAUCAAAGCGACUGCAGCACAAAUUGGUGGAAAGGGAGCAGGCCAGCCCAUGGCAAAGACACUUGAAAAGGCGAAGGAAGCGAUUGAGAAGAAUGCCGAGAAGGAAGCCAAAGCGAUACGUUCUGCCGACGCGAAGCGGAAGAAGGCCUCGAGCGAUGAUGAAGAUGACGUUCCCCUCGCGAAGAAGAAGAACCCUGCAACCAAAGCUCCGGCCAAUGGUACAAAGAAGGCGAAGAAAGUGAAGGACGAAUCCGACUCGGACGAUGCGCCGCUGGCCAAGAAAGCUGCAGCGAAGAAGGCUCCUGCAAAGAAGGCAGCUGUCAAGAAGCAGGCCAGCACACCUGCCAAGAAAGGCAAGGUGAAGAAGGAGGAGUCUGCCGAGGAGGAGGAUGGCGAAGAAGAAGAGGAACCGUACAGGUGGUGGGAAGACAUGGGCAAUGGCGAUGACACUACCAAGUGGACAACACUCGAGCACAACGGCGUGAUCUUCCCACCAGAGUACACGCCUCUUCCGAAGAAUGUCAAAAUGCUAUACGACGGGAAGCCCGUCAGCAUGCACAAGGAUGCGGAGGAGAUUGCAUAUGCUUUCGGCGCUAUGUUGAUGUCGACACACAACACGGAGAAUCCAACAUUCCAGAAGAACUUCCUCCACGACUUUAAGGAAAUGCUGGACAAGACUGGCGGAGCAAAGGACGAGAGCGGCAAUACUGUCAAGAUCACCAAGUUUGAGAAGUGCGACUUCACGCCAAUCUUUAACCACGUCGACGCCGAACGCACCGCGAAGAAGGCUUUGUCCGGUGCCGAGAAGAAGGCACUCAAGGCUGAGAAGGACGCGAUCGAAGCGCCCUACCAGUACUGCUUGUGGGAUGGUCGUAAACAGAAGGUGGGCAACUUCCGCGUUGAGCCGCCUGGUCUCUUCCGCGGCCGUGGUGAACACCCCAAGACUGGCAAGUGGAAGAAGCGUGUUCUGCCAGAGCAGGUUACCAUCAACAUCGGCAAAGAUGCGAUGGUACCUAAGCCGCCGGAAGGUCACAAGUGGAAAGAGGUCAAGCACGAUGGCGAGGGUACGUGGUUGGCUAUGUGGCAGGAGAACAUCAACAAUGCGUACAAAUACGUUAUGUUGGCUGCCAAUUCCGACAUUAAGGGCAUGAGCGAUUUCAAGAAAUUCGAGAAGGCUCGCGAGCUGAAGAAGCAUAUCGACAAGAUCCGCAAGGAUUACGAAAAGGAGUUGAAGUCAGAGGUCAUGGCUGAACGGCAACGCGCCACCGCUGUCUACCUCAUCGACAGAUUCGCCCUUCGUGCCGGCAAUGAGAAGAGCGACGAUGAAGCCGACACAGUCGGUUGCUGCUCGCUGAAGUUUGAGAACAUCUCACUCAGCCCGCCCAACAAGGUCAUCUUCGACUUCCUCGGAAAGGAUUCCAUCCGCUUCUACAACGAAGUCGAGGUCGACCCGCAAGUCUUCAAGAACCUCAAGAUCUUCAAGCGGAGUCCAAAGAAAGAAGGUGACGAGAUCUUCGACCGGCUCACUACAUCGUCACUCAACAAGCAUCUGUCCAAUUAUAUGCCUGGCUUGACCGCCAAGGUCUUCCGAACUUACAACGCUUCGUACACGAUGGCCACGCUCCUGCGUGAGCUGAAAGCUGAAGGAAACAUUAUGGACAAGGUCAAAGCGUACAACGACGCCAAUCGAAUGGUGGCCAUCCUCUGUAACCACAAGCGCACUGUGGCUGCCGGUCACGAGGGCCAGAUGGAGAAGAUGGAGGACAAGAUCAAUGGCCUGCGCUACCAGCAGUACCGCAUCAAGCACAUGAUGAUCGAUCUCGACCCGAAGAUGAAGAAGAAGAAGGGCGAGGCUUACUUUGCGCUUCCCGAAGGUCUUGACAAGGACUGGCAGGUGAAGCACCACGAGGCCCUGGUGGAGGAGCUGCGAACAAAGGUGCAGAAGAAGUUCGACAAGGAGAACGAGAAGCUCGAGGCUGAGGGCGAGAAGCCGCUGAAGGCCAAGGAGCUCGAGCAACGUAUGGUCGUUGUUGAAGAACUUGAGAGCAAGCUCAAGCAGGAGCUCAAGAAGGGCAAAGUCGAGGCUGAGGGCAAGAGUGCUACCGUGGACAAGUACGAGAAAGAUCUCGAGAAGCUUGACGCUCGCAUCGCGACGAUGAGAUUGCAGGCGGAAGAUCGUGACAACAACAAGGAGGUCGCGCUGGGGACGUCGAAGAUCAACUACAUCGACCCUCGCCUCACAGUUGUCUUCAGCAAGAAGUUCGACGUGCCCAUCGAGCGCUUCUUCUCCAAGACACUUAGGGCCAAGUUCAAUUGGGCUAUAGAGUCAGUCGACGAGGACUGGGACUUCUGA